AUGGCAGAUGGUCUCUAUAGGUCCCAACAGCCUGGUGCCGGGCAGUUUCUCUUUCAAACUCAAUCGUUCCAGAACUCCCACAUACAGCCCGCUCUUCUUCGGAACCACACGAACUCACCCAGCAGCCUAAAACAUCUCUCCGAUAGUCUCGCUCCAUCUCGAUCGCCCUCCCACACUCCCGGCACGGCCCCGACCUCUUACAACAUGUACAGCCAAGGACACCAGGGCCAGCAUGCCGCCAUGAUGAAUGGUACUCAGGCCCAUCGAGGGUUUGCAAUGCAAAUGCCGAAAUUCCAGCACCAAGCUCACCAUCCACAUCAUGUACAACAACACCAUGCGCAUCACAACCAAUCCUCCCAUCAGCUCAGCCACCAACCCAACUACACGGCUAGCGCAUUGGCAAGCACCACUCCCCACUUCACCCCUAGUCAUAUGCAGAACGGAACUCCAAUCAAUGUAGAAGACGAUAUUGACGAGUCUAUGAAUGAGCAUUGGCAACAACAAUUGCAACUCGCCGCCGAAGCUAGACAAGCUACCUCCCCUCACUACUACGCGAGAACUAUUGCUCAGCAGACAAAAGGCAUCCAGCUGGCUUCCGGUGAUACUCCAGACGUUACUGGCGACAGUCGACCUAGUGCAACAGCUUCGAAGGACAAUAAAAACAAACGACAAGGUUGGACGUCUCUAGAUUUCACAAGCCAAGGACUACGUGCCAUAUCGACUGCACUAUUCAACUAUCAGUUUCUCAAUAAGCUAUAUCUUAGUAACAAUAAGCUCAAAACUUUGCCAUCUGCUAUCGGCCAGCUUCGGAGUCUUACUCACUUAGAUGUGUCAGCCAACGACCUUACCGAACUUCCCCUGGAAAUCGGCAUGCUUACCAAUCUGCGUACACUCUAUGCUUUUGAUAACCACAUUCAAAUACUUCCAUUCGAGUUGGGUUAUCUAUACCGUUUAGAAAUGCUUGGCAUAUAUGGCAAUCCGUUGAAUGAGACUCUGUCGGCUCAAAUCAAGACUCACGGCACGAAGGCCUUAAUCAAGUAUUUAUUGGAAAAAAUGCCUGUGCAUCUGCCACCUUCUGACCGGGAUUGGGUUGUUUUAGACGAGACAUCAAAAUCAUCACAUACCCAGACAGACAAGAUUACAGUGCUCUCCUACAAUACGCUGUGCGACCAGUCAGCAUCGCCAUCACACUAUGGCUAUGUGCCAUCGCGUGCCUUGGCUUGGGAAUUCCGGAGGGACUUGAUUCUAAAUGAGAUCCGAAGCCACGAUGCAGACAUUGCCUGUCUCCAGGAAAUAGACCAAGGAAACUAUAACGAUUAUUUCAGAGAGCAGCUUGCAUACAAUGACUACAAAGGCGUUUACUGGCCACGUGGUCGCGCAAUGGGUAUGCACGAAGACGAAGCCAAGACCGUUGACGGAUGUGCAACAUUUUUCAAGGCCAGCAAAUAUAUUCUGCUAGAUAAGCAAAUGAUCAAUUUUGGGCAAACAGCUGUGCGACGGCCGGAUGCCAAGGGUCAAGAUGAUAUUUACAAUCGUCUUUGGCAAAAGGAUCACAUCGCCGUCGUUGUAUUCUUGGAAAAUCGCAUGACUGGCACCCGGGUGAUUGUCGUUAAUGCUCACCUCUACUGGGACCCUUCUUUCAAGGAUGUGAAGCUGAUUCAGACUGCCAUCAUGAUGGAGGAGAUCACAAAGCUCGCUGAAGGCUAUGCUAAAUACCCACCUUGCACAGACAAGACGGCUUUCCGAUUCUCAGAAGCUGAAGGUGGUGCUCAAGACAGUACUACUCCUAUCGAGCCAGCGCCGUCUGUAGAAUAUUCCUCCGGUGAUCAGAUCCCGCUUCUGAUUUGCGGAGACUUCAACUCAGCUCCGGGAGAAGCGGCCUACAAUCUGAUUGCAAAUGGCGGUUUGACCGAAGCACAUCCAGACCUUGAACAGAGAUUGUACGGUAAUCUCAGUCGGGUAGGCAUGACGCAUCCAUUCAAGCUCAAAUCCGCAUACAGUGCCAUCGGGGAGUUAGGUUUUACAAAUUAUACACCUGAUUUCCGUUCAAUUCUGGACUACAUCUGGUUCUCAUCUACUGCACUUCAUGUGACCGGCUUAUUAGGCGAGGUCGACAAAGACUAUCUUCGGAGAGUGCCUGGCUUUCCUAACUAUCAUUUUCCUAGUGAUCAUCUUGCAUUGCUGGCCGAGUUUUCAGUCAAGGGGAAAAAGGGCAAGGUUGUGGAAGCGGAUUUUGGUCCGCAACGAGACAAGAAGAAUUGA